AUGACGGACUCGGUUCCGCAUCCAAAAUCUGUCCUCCGCGGCCACAAAGCCCAAGUCCACGCUCUCGCCUUCGUCCGCGGCAACGAGCGGCUGGCCAGUGGUGAUGCCGACGGCUUCGUCGUCCUCUGGGACCUGACCAUUAUGCGCCCUACAGCUGUAUGGAGACCGCACGAGAACGCAAUCCUGGGCAUCGAGGGCUGGGGAGACGACCGCAUUAUAACUCAUGGCCGGGAUCACAAGCUCGCCGUCUGGCAGUUGGGCUCCAAAGACGAGUCGCGUCUCAGCAAGAAGCUACCGCUCGACGAGACGCCUGAACCAAGACCCCAACCCUGGCUGUUGCAUCUCAUCGAGGUUAACACCAUGAAUUUCUGCUCGUUUGCUUCAUGCGUGCCCCGGCUUGGUGACGCGUCGGAGGACGCAGACCUGCUGCUCGCCGUGCCAAACACGCUGGCAUCGGAGUCGGUCGACGUGUAUGAGUUGCCCUCCAAGAAGCGACUUCACACCAUCAAAACCACGGAAAAGAACGGCAUGGCCAUGGCCCUGGCCCUUCUGUACGUCGACGGAGUCGCUUCUACGGAGCCUCCCGCGAGUGGCCGGUUGACUCUUGUUGCCGCGUACGAAAACGGCUUGGCAACGGUUAUGCACCUCGUCGGCGGGAUAUGGACCACCACCUACCUGGCCCAAGUCCAUAAGCAGCCCAUUCUUUCGCUGGACGUCGUCGCGGACCAGGGCUACUUUCUUACCUCCGGCGCCGAUGCAGUGGUGGCCAAACACCCAAUUCCGGCUGCUAACUCCGUCGCCGCCGAUGGUGUCCUGGUUCAACAACCGCUGAAGAUCUCCAACACGAAGCACUCGGGCCAGCAGGGCCUGCGCAUCCGCGACGACGGCCGCAUCUUCGCCACUGCCGGCUGGGAUGCCAUGGUUCGCGUGUACUCGUCCAAGACCCUCAAGGAGGUGGCCACGCUCAAAUGGCACCAAGUCGGUUGUUAUGCCAUCGCAUUGGCCAAAGUCUGUGGGACCACUCGGACUGAUGAGAUCCGAGGCACCUCGAGCGAUCCCAAUCAGCCACCCAGCGAUCUUGUCUCUCAUGUGGGACAACUGAGCGUCAAAGACAGACGCAUACAACAGGCGCAGAAUGCACACUGGCUGGCGGCCGGAAGCAAGGACGGCAAAAUUUCCUUGUGGGAUAUCUUCUGA